GAGCCAGAGGUCCCGGACACACUUUCCAGAGGAAAUGAUGUCAAACAGGGUUUCUGAGGACGAGUACAGCCGUCCCCCGGUAGCGGCGGGCAGCGGUCCUAGGACCCCCACCCCACCCCCCGCAGGUACCAGAUGCUCAGGUCCCUCGGAGGCGACCUGGCCGAUCAACAGGCCCUCCUUCUGGCAAGGCAUGGGGCCCGGAGGUGGAGACUGACGUGGUGAUGAGGUUGGAAGGAGGUCUUGAAUGCCAGGGGACAAGCUUGGCCCUUGCCCUGUAAGCCGUGGAAGUGUCUGGAAGUUUCUGCACAGGAAAGACAUGAGAACUGUUUUCUAUAUUCGUUUGUUCAAAGAAUUGACUGCCCAAGAGCCGCUGUUGCACACGAGUGAACUCAACGAUGGCUAUGAUUGGGGUCGUCUUAAUCUUCAGUCCGUGACUGAACAGAGCUCUCUGGAUGACUUCCUUGCCACUGCAGAACUUGCAGGAACAGAGUUUGUUGCUGGUCAAGAGGAACACUGCUGAAGGUGUCCUGUUAUCCUUGGAUAGGACCUCCCCUUGGCAUUUUGAGAAGCUUAAUAUUAAAUUUGUGCCUCCUGAGGCUAGAACUGGACUAUUGUCUUUUGAGGAGAAUCAGAGAAUUAAGAAACUCCAUGAAGAAAACAAACAGUUCUUGUGUAUACCAAGGAGACCAAAGUGGGACCAAAAAACUAGCCCAGAAGAACUCAGACAGGCAGAGAAAGAUAACUUUCUAGAUUGGCGACGUCAGCUUGUCCGGUUGGAAGAGGAACAAAACCUGAUAUUGACUCCAUUUGAAAGAAAUUUGGACUUUUGGCGCCAGCUCUGGAGGGUGAUUGAGAGAAGUGAUGUCGUCGUCCAGAUAGUAGAUGCUCGAAAUCCGCUCCUGUUUAGGUGCGAGGAUUUGGAAUGUUACGUGAAAACAGUCGAUGACAGCAAGGAGAAUGUUAUUCUGAUAAAUAAGGCAGACUUGUUGACUACUGAGCAGCGGAGUGCCUGGGCUGAGUUCUUCGAAAAGGAAAAUGUGAAGGUCAUUUUCUGGUCGGCUUUGGCUGAAGCCAUUCAACUGAUUCGUGACUCUAAGGAAGAAGUAAACGAAGACACCGGAGAAGCCAUCAGAGCUGAGUUUGAAAACUCCAGUUGUGACGAAUCUGAAAUUCUACACAAAGAGACUGAGCAUCUUUCACUUAGUGAAGCUGCCAGGAGUGAUGAAGAUGACAGCGAGUAUGAGGACUGCCCGGAGGAGGAGGAGCAGGAGGACUGGCAGACGUGUUCGGAAGAGGGCAGCGGCCCUGACGAGGAGGCCUGUGGCCAGGAUUGGAAGGAAAGCUGUACUGUGAAUUCUGAGGCUCAAGGAAGGAGAACCCCGCAGAAGAGGCAAAUACACAAUUUUAGCCACCUGGUAUCAAAGCAGGAAUUAUUGGAGAUCUUGAAGCAGAUACACCCAGGGAAGAAGGUGAAGGAUGGACAACUUACUGUUGGACUGGUGGGCUACCCGAAUGUGGGUAAGAGUUCAACGAUCAACACCAUCAUGGGCGACAAGAAGGUGUCUGUGUCUGCCACGCCGGGUCACACCAAGCACUUUCAGACGCUCUAUGUGGAACCUGGCCUCUGCUUAUGUGACUGCCCAGGCCUGGUGAUGCCAUCCUUCGUCUCUACCAAAGCUGAGAUGAUCUGCAGUGGAAUCCUCCCGAUUGACCAGAUGAGAGACCACGUCCCGCCUGUAUCACUAAUUUGCCAGCAUAUUCCGAGACAUGUUUUAGAAGCUACAUACGGCAUUGACAUUGUAAAGCCGAGAGAAGACGAAGACCCCCAGCGACCUCCAACAGCAGAAGAGCUGUUGACGGCUUAUGGAUAUAUGCGAGGAUUCAGGACAGCACAUGGACAGCCAGACCAGCCUCGAUCUGCACGCUACAUCCUGAAGGAUUAUGUCAAUGGUAAACUCCUGUACUGUCAGCCCCCGCCUGGAAGCGAUCCUGUGACCUUUCAGUAUCAACACCAUCGACUCCUAGAGAAAAAAGUGAAUGGUGGGGAAAUAAAAGUGCACCGGGGCAGAAAUAGAAAAGCAAAUCAGAUUGAAAAUGUAGUGGACAAAACUUUUUUCCAUCAAGAAAAUGUGAGAGCUUUGACCAAAGGAGUCCAGGCUGUGAUGGGCUACAAGCCUGGGAGUGGCCUGGUGCCGGCGGCCACUGUGAGCUCUGAGAGGGGGGCUGGCAAGCCCUGGAAAAAACAUGGCAAUAGAAAUAAAAAAGAGAAAAGUCGCAGACUCUUUAGGCACCUGGAUACGUGAACUUGGGCUGCAACAGAAAAGGCCUGUGCAUUGUGCAUCUGUAGUGCUCUAGGGUGGGCCCUUGUCAUGCACACCCAGCAGCCGAUACCAAGACCGAGGGGCUCCUCAGAGCACCCGCUCUGACCAGCAGUCGUCUCGGAGCCCCAGAAACCUGCUCCUGUGGGAGGCCGAAUCUAAGAUGAGGGGAUGAAUGAUGUAUAUUUACAUAUACACAAGUGCACAGCAGUUUGUAUAUUUGGAAAAUUUUGAAAAGAUAUUAAAAUUAAAUGGCCAGUUAAGGAUUUUUUUAUUGGUUCACGUAGACACACUGCUAUUUAGACAUUUCAUGUUCUUUAAACGAUUUAAAUUUGCUAAAACAUGACUGGGAUUUUAGAUGGAUUUUUGAGUACAUGAUUAGAUUUGUGAUUCUCAGCCUCACACACAUACCCACACACACCCCCUGAGGCGGCCGAAGCAUAUCAGGCUGGAAUGGGGGCUGGCGUGGUAACUGGAACAGGGGCUUUUAGGAGCCCCUGAAGGGCAUAAUCCUCUGUUGAGGCCCGUGAGCCGCCACCCCAGCGGGGAGCGUGUGUUCUCUGUAGCGGAACCCACAGGGAGCGAGGGAGGGGCAGCUCAGCAGCUAGUCCUUGUUUCAGGUGUAGGGGUCCUUGAGGCCCUCGCACUUAGGACCCUCGGGAGUAAGGCAAGGGCAGUGGACAUUUUCCAGUCACCUUUAUAAGACACUGGCCGCUUCAGCCUCUCCUUCACCUUUGUCUCUUUUUCUCUGAGCCUCAUUAGUCCCUUAAUUCAGAUCCUCAUCUUGUUUUGUGUCAUAGACGUUUUUGAAAUCUAAAGGAAGUUACGGAUGCUUCCUCCAGAAAAAUGCACGUUCCCAGCUACACAGCUUUGCAAAGUGUGUCAGAAGAUUCACAGGCCCCCCACGUUCACGAAUGCACAGUUAAGAAGCCUUGCCUUUGACUAUAAUAUAUUUGGUAUGUUUGAAAAUGUGUUGUAUGUGGGGAAUAAAAAUUUUUAUUCA